AUGACGAGUCCGUGCCGAGCCACAGAGCCGGAGCCGUCCUGGACGCCCGUGCCCUGUGGGAACCAGAGCGAAGCGCCGCCCAUUGGUGCGGGCCACGUCUGUGUCCAGUACAAAGACUCGCUCUACAUCUUGGGAGAGCGCUCACUUCCUGCUGCGUCCGCGCGCGGUAGUUACAUGGCCCGUCCUGCUGCCACGUUUUACGAAUUCAAUUUCGUGAAAAACGAGUGGUCCACAGUCUCGACUCGUGGCGUCGCUCCCAGUCAGCGCAAGUUUUGUUCGGCCGUGGUUUACAACGACUCGCUCUACGUCUUUGGAGGACACGAUGGCGACAGGCGCUUGAACGACUUUUUCUCCUACAACUUUCUGACGCAAACGUGGACCAAUGUGUUUGUGAACGCUGGACAGCAGCCCACGUCGAGAUACGGCCACGCUGCAGUAGUGUACAACAACGCAAUGUACAUUUUCGGGGGAAGUGACCGACACUAUGAUCGCGAUUCCCUGUCAAGCCGCAACUCUGCUGAAUAUGGCCGAUUAGACGCCGGCCGUUACGUCAACGACAUGCACUCGUUCAACCUGGAAACCAAUUCGUGGUCAUUGAUUCGAGCCACUGGAGAAGUGCCGUACCCUCGUGAGGGUGCCUCCAUGAUCGUGUACAAGCAAAACUGUCUGAUGUUUGGCGGCUAUGAUAACGAUCUGGGUUAUUUCGACGAUGUCCGUGUUUUUGAGUUUGAGACCAGCGUUUGGUCAAGCUUAGAGACAAAAGGAACUGCACCGAGCGACUGCAACCGCUUCCUGGUAGCUUUGCACGCUGAUUCUCUUUUCGUGUUCGGUGGAAAGAUCGACCACAGCGUGUACGAGCUUGAUCUAGAAACAAAGACAUGGGCAACUGUUGCAUACGCCGGUGCCGCUCCGAGGAACAAAACAUUUGCUGGAUGCGUGUACGACGGCAACCUGAUCGUUCUGAGCGGACAGGAUGACUCGGUCAGCUUCGAGCAGAUCAAGUUGCCUGAGAAGCAAGCCAGGGAUCAGGGCCACGACAUCUUGGAGCCCGUGGAAGAUGGCUCUGCGAUUGCUCACUUACACUCCCUCGUGAACAACCAACUCAUGAGCGAUGUGACUUUUAUUGUUGAAGGAAGCCCCAUAUAUGGUCACAAGAGUCUAUGCGUGCGCUGCAACUACUUCAAGGCUAUGUUUACUGGAGAGAUGUUGGAAAGCACAGCUCGCGAAGUGACGAUCUCUGACGUUGGUCGCGCCACCUUUCUGUCUCUAUUAGAGUAUGUGUAUACCGAUCGACUCGUCGUUGCGAAUGAAGAUGUUCAAGAGCUGUUCGUUGCCGCAGACCGCUACGGCAUCGAAAGCCUCAAGCGGCUUUGCGCUCAGAAGCUCCUCAAGUCGAUAACUGUCGACAACGUUGCAAGCGUCCUCCAGGCAGCUGAUCAGCACGCCUCGCCUUUGCUACGGGAAGAGUGCUUUGCUUUCACACUCCGGCAUUUCGACUCUGUUUCGAAAACACCGUCUUUCCUGGAUAUGGCAAGGACCAACAUUGAGUUGGCAUUGCAGAUUCUGCAGCAGCGCUAA